UGACGGGCACCUCACGAACACCUAUUCCUGCCACGGACAGUGCAGGACCCAGGACAUAGAAACUGGCACGCUUCUCUCCCCGUUUUGGAUCGCUAGAGGUGGUGUUUCCUGGCUGCUUGUUGUUUUCUCCAUUGCUGGGAUGUUUGUUUCCUGUGACGGCUGUGCGUGCUCUGAUUUCAAAGGCUUCACGCUCCUUAUGCCAGCUGUAUCAGUGGGCAAUGUUGGCCAGCUGGCUAUAGAUUUAGUCAUUUCUACACUUCAUAUACCCAAAGUUGGUUAUUUUUAUACCGAUUGCCUUGUGCCAAUGGUUGGAAAUAAUCCUUAUGCAACAGUAGAAGAGGAUGCAACAGAACUGUGCAUAAAUGCUGAAGUGUAUGCAGCAACGUCAAAAGAAUUGGUGGUUCUGCAGAUCAGAUCACCAUUCAUAAAGAAUAAAUAUAGGCCUUUUUGUCAAAUACUGCUGUCGUGGGUGAAAAACUGUGAAUUUUCCAAAAUUGUUCUCUUGUCAAGUAGUCAUGCUUAUCAACGGAAUGACCAACAGCUUCAUGGCACUGCAUUACGAUACUUAAUUUCACCUGCUGUUGAGAAAACAGUGGGAGAUGUUUUGGAGAGACUGAGUGGCAGUGAAUUGGAGCAAAUAUCAACAUUUCCUGGAGUAAAUGAUGAUAAAAUAUUCUAUAUUCCAGGAGGCGGUAUAACAAAACUAUUAUUCACAGAGAGGUUAGUAAGACAGUAAAGUUUUAUAGUUGAA